GAGAAACUGGCCACGCUGAACGUCCACGGCGACAAGCUGCUGCAACAGAACCACGUGGAGAGCCAGCGCAUCGCGGACGAGCUGGGCGAAAUCAACGAGAGGCGCAAGAAGCUGCACGCGGCGGCGGCGGCGCGGCGCGAGCAGCUGCGGCGCAUGCGCGCAAGGGCGCAGUUCGCGCGCGACGCGGCCGAGGCGCGCGGCUGGGUGGCCGACAAGCUGGCCAAGCUGCAGGCCGACAAGCAGGGCGAGGUCACCGACCUGGAGGACAAGAUCAAGAAGCUGCAGAAGCACCAGGCCUUCACGCUGGAGCUGGCCGCCAACAGCGGCCGCGUGCGCGAGAUCGAGCAGCUCGGCGCGCAGCUGGUGCCCGACGAGCACGUGGAGCGGCAGCUCGAGCAGCUGCGGGACGACUGGCGGCAGCUGGAGGAGGCCACGGAGCGGCGAGGCCGUGGUCUGGAAGAAGCUCAAGAUAUCCUUGAAUUCAACCAGCAUUUGGACAAGAUCGAAGCUUGGAUCAGAGACAAGGAGAUGAUGGUGCAAGCGCACGAGCUCGGCCGCGACUACGAACACUGCAGCGCUCUGCUGCGCAAGCUGGACGACCUGGAUUCCGACAUGAAGGUCGACGACAAACAUGUCAAAAGCAUCUGCGCACUCGCCGACAAGCUGCUGCAACAGGGUCCAACGCAGCAGGCGGCGACUGUUGCGCAGCGUCGGGACGCGUUCUUGGCCAAAUGGAAGGCCCUUAGCGGCGCCUUGCAGAAGUACAGGGACAACCUUUCUGCUGCGCUCGAAGUGCAUUCGUUUAACAGAGACGUGGAGGACACCUUCGAGCGCAUCGCGAAGAAGGCGGCGCUGUUCAGCAGCACGGAGCGCGGCCGCGAGUUCAGCGCCGCGCAGGAGCUCAAGAGGAAGCACCUGGCCAGGGUCGCGGAGGCCAGCGCCGUCAAGGAGAAGAUACAGCAGCUGGAGGGCGAAGGGCGGGUCUUGGCUCACAAGCAUCCCGAACGCGCAAAGGAGAUCGAGUCCAGCCUACAGUCGCUCCGCGAAGAGUGGGCGAAGCUGCAGCAGCUCGCGGAGGCCAGAACCGCUCUCCUGGAUGAAGCCAUCAAUGAGCAUAAAUUCGAUGAAAACUUGAAGGAACUGGAGCUCUGGGUGUCAGAAACUGUGAAGCGUAUGAGCAGCACCGAGCCGCCCGAGACCGUCAGCGACGCGCAGGCGCUGCUGGAAGUACACAAUGAUCGGAAGGCGGAGAUCGACGGCAGACAAAAAGCAAUCGCUGCUCUUCAAACCGAGCAGGCCCUCGUUCCUGAGAAGAAGAAGAAAGUGGAACAGCUCUCCUCCACUCUCGACCAGGCUUGGCACGAGAGGAAGCAGUAUCUUAGUCAGGCUCACCAACUGCAACUACUAAAAGAGCAGGCCAGACAGGUCGAGGACUGGCUGGCGGGCAAAGAGGCUUUCCUCAACAACGACGAUCUUGGCGACAACCUGGACGCCGUGGAAACCCUGAUCCGCAAGCACGCCGAGUUCAGCAAGUUGCUGGAAUCGCAGCUGGGACGUGUUCAAGAGCUGGAGCAGAUGGCCAAGGGCGUGCUGCAAGACCAGCACUACGAUGUGCAAAGCACGAGGCGGCGCGUCAAUGAUAUACUUAGCCGGAGGGAUAAGUUGCAGGAGUCCUGCAAGCAACGCGGGGAAAUGCUUCAGCAAUCCAAACAACUGCAUCAAUUCUUACGGGACCUGAACCACGAGAGAGAGUGGAUCGCGCUCAAGAUGCAGGUUGCGACUGAUCAGAACUAUCGAGAGCUAUCAAACUUACAAAGCAAAAUUCAGAAGCACGCCGCGUUCGAAUCCGAGCUGGCAGCCAAUAAGGGACGCAUCGAUGACGUCGCUAAUCACGGCGAAGAGCUUAUAGAGAAAAAUCACUAUGCAUCAAGGGAAAUUGCGACUCACGUCGAGGAAUUAGAAAAUCAGUGGAGAGAACUACAGGCGGCAGCGAAGCUCCGUCGCGAGCGUCUACAAGAAGCGUACCAAGCGAGGGUAUACUUGCGUGGUCUGGACGAUUUCACUGCGUGGCUGGAUGAGGUGGAGACGCAACUCCUCAGCGAAGAUCAUGGCAAAGACUUAACUUCAGUAUCGGCUCUUCUCAAACGACACUCUAGACUAGAGCAGCAAGUAUCCAGCAAGGCUGACACUGCAACACAGCUUGCCGACACGGCGACACAGCUGGCUGAGGAUGGCCACUUCAUGGCCGAAGAGAUUCUAGAAAAGGCCAACCAUGCUGUUAAGAGAUACCGCCAGUUGCAAGAGCCGAUGCAAAUACGUCGCGACAAUUUGGAAGACGCGGCUCUGCUACACCGCUGGGAGAGGGACGCCGAUGAGGAGAUCAGAUGGAUGCGUGAACGCGAAGGAGCCGUGCGAGUGGAAGACGCCGGCAACACUCUGCCCGAGGCGCAAGCGCUCCUGAAGAAACAUCUCGCUCUGGAGGCCGAGCUCCUGUCCAGGGAGCCGGCGGUGAAGGCGCUGGUGGGCCGCGCGGCGCAGCUGGCGCGCCGCGGCCACUUCGCGGCGGGCCCGCUGGAGGCGCGCGCGCGCGACCUGGGCGCCGGCCUGCGCGCGCUGCUGGACGCCGCGCGCCUGCGCCAGCGGCGAUUGCGCGAACGCGGCGAGCUGCUGCAGCUGCUGGCGGAGAUGGCCGAGGCCGAGGCGUGGGUCUCCGAGCGGCGGGUGCUGCUGGUCUCCUCGGACGUCGGCCGCGACGAGGCCAGCGCGCUCUCCCUGGCCAAGAGGCUGGACGCGCUGCAGAGGGAGCUGCAGGGCUUCGACGCCGACCUGGGCAAGCUGGAGAAGUCUGCUGCGGCUUUGAUGGAACGCCCUACGAUAGACAACGAACACGUCAAAGGCAAAAUGCACGACCUAAAGAACCUCUAUGAAGAAAUGAAACUGUUGUCAGCGCAGCGACAGCAGCGUUUGCAGCAGAGCCUGAAGUAUUUCAAGUUCGUGCAAGAAUGCGAAGAAGUCCAGGAAUGGAUCGGCGAGCAGAUGUCUGCGGCUGCCAGCGAGGAGUACGGCUUGGACGUGGAACAUGUCGAGACAUUGCAGCAGGCCUUUGAGAAUUUCUUAGCUCAGUUGCACGCCAACGAAGGUCGAAUCGAAGCAGUGUGCGAGGCUGGCAACACGUUGCUCGAGGAAAACACCCCAGAGGCGAAACGCGUCCAGCAGAGGAUCGAAGACAUCAGAGGACUGUGGGAUGACCUGAAGGAGCUGGCAUUGGCUAGAAACGACGCUCUAGCCGGCGCCCGUCAAGUCCACGAGUUCGAUCGCUCAGUGGACGAGACAGCAGCCUGGGUGGCUGAGAAGGAAUCUGCCCUUGCGACGGAGACUUCGCCCCCGCGGUCGCUGCACGAGUUGCAUGCCAGCAGACGGAGGCUGGAUGCAUUGCAGGCAGACGUGGAAGCCAUUCGAGCACAGCAUGCCAAAUUGCAGCAAGAAGCUGAGAAACUCGGCACAGCGUUCCCCGACGCAAAAGAGCACGUUUCGUCGAAACUAGAAGACGUCACCGAGGCGCUAGAAGAUCUGUCCGCGCGAGCCGAGCAGUGCGUCGCGCAGCUCGAGCUGGCAGGACAGCUGCAGCACCUUUUCGGCACUUAUCAGGAGUUACUGGCCUGGACCAACGAGACGCUGGCGCGCGUGACGGCGCCCGAGCUGGCCGCGGACGUGUCGGGCGCCGAGCGGCUGCUGGCGCGCCACCGCGACGUCGGCGUCGAGAUCCACGCCAAGGACGACGCCUUCAAGGCGCUCUACGCCGACGGCGAGAAGCUGGUCAAGGAGGGCCACUUCAUGGCGGGCGAGAUCGAGGAGCGGAUGUCGACGCUGCGCGCGAGGAGGCAGCAGCUCGACGCGGCCUACAACAACAGGGCCAGUAUAUACGAGCGGCACCUGGACGCUCUCAUCUUCAAGAGAGACGCCGACGCCUUGGACAACUGGAUCGCCACAAGAAUGCCACUCGUUCGCGAUGGCAAAUACGGCGAGAGUGUGGCGCAAGUUGAGGAACUGAUCAACCGACACAAAGAUCUGGAGGAGACCAUUGAGUCGCAGAAAGAUAAGUUCAGCGGUCUCAAGAGGAUAACACUGCCAGAAGGUCGAUACCUGAAAAAAGAGGAUGUAGAGCAACAAAUCGCCGUAUGGGGAUACGAAAAUUUAAACCACACCAAAAUGGAAGACGUCAAAAAGUAUAAGUGUGGUUUUGAUAAAAACAAUCAGGUAAUCGAGAAACUAUCUAAGUUUUUAAAUACUGAAAACGAGGUUGGUACGAUGCAACCUACAACGUACAACGUGCUCUACCUCUAUUGUAGAGAAACGCUGUUUAGCAAAAUCAAAAAUCGUAAUACUAAACAACCAAAUAAACAACGAAAACGCCUCAUAAUAUCUAUUCCCGAAAAUCUGAAGUCCGAGUUUAUUAAAAAAAUUGGCUUCAACAACCAAGAAAUCAACAGCCAGUCUCUGGAUGACUUCAGUAACAGCUUUAAAGAUCUCGAUGAAAUAUCGAGACGACAACUGAUAGAACAUGAUCGUAUAAAGAUCGGUGGUUUCCGUAUAACAGAUUUACUCUCUAUGAACGAGUUAGACCUGUGCAUGCGAGAUAAAAUAUUAUUAAAAUUUAUUUUAAAUGAAUUAGAAAUAAACGACGAUAAAGUAGAAAGAAAUCGAUGUGAUGAAGCAGUCCAGCAAUAUUACACAGACCGUUCUUUGUUGCAUGUCAUCGUGGAUCGAGGCAUCGAAAAAGAUCCUCUAUUUCACGUAGUGCGAGGAUAUACACGACACGAGGAAAUUAAACAACAAGAGGUAGUUGUUGUUUCUUCAGACGAGAAAUUAUUUGACCAUUUUCAUAAAAAAUAUAGUCAUGUGCAUUGGCUAAUGGAAAUAAACAAUAAAUAUGUCUGGAUGACUACUAAAGGCACACUUACAAAUCUUCGCAAGUAUGUUACAGAGCAAGAUCCAGGCCUUGAUCUAAAUUCGAACGCUGAAAUGUACAUCCCUGUCACAAAUGUUAGUGAUGUGAAAAACAAUGUACUUCUUAUUAGUGCUAACCCGGGAAUGGGUAAAUCAAUCUUGCUCUCACAUAUAGUUAAACAAUCGAAGAAAAAGGAUAAUUCUUUCUUAGUUGUUAAGGCCAAUCUAACAGAUGGCAUUGACAAACUCGAAAGUCUAAAAGCGAAAGAAAAUGUUACACUCGACCAAGCAAUACACUACCUCUUUAUUAGUACACAAAUUGAAUCGUCUCAAAUAGAAGAAAGCGAAAGUGCAUUUAGCCUUUUAACUGUCCAGAAAGACGGAUAUAUAGCCUUUUCACGUAACGACGAUUUUGAUCCCUUGGGUCAAUUGCGUGCAAUGAUAUUUUGUAAUCUGUACAAUAAAGAAAAAAUCGUGUUAUUACUUGAUGGUUUUGAUGAGAUGGCGCCAAACUAUUGCAACGUAACAUUGAAACUUCUGGAGAAGCUAAAGCAAAGCAAGUUGCGUUACCCGGACGCAGUGAAUACCAAAGAUUCCAAAGGCAGAACGGCCUUAGAUUAUGCUAUUGAAAAUAAAAAUGAGCCUUUGGUUACUCUUUUACCUGAGAGUAAAGUCCGUGCUGAUAUCCGAGACAAGACUGAUAAAAUGUCGGCUCACAUAAAUAAAUCAAAGGUAAAUACCACUUGCAAUUUUUACAUGAUGGACAAUGCAAUUGACAACUUGAAACUACAUCAAGUUAAUAACAACAGUAAAUAA